AUGAAGCAUGCUUCAAUUAAUAUUCACGCCUUUAAAGUUAACAUCAAUAAAAGAAUAGAUGAAACAUUAAAUAAUUAUAAAAAUCGAGCAAAAUCUUCGACUACUUUUUCAAAGUUAGGAAUUUUAUUAAACAAAGAUCCAGACGGUGUAGGAGCGAGUAUUAUUGCAGAACAUAAAGCAUUUGAAAGCUACUCGUUGUCUUUAUUCAAUGAAAAAACUCAAAGGCACGAUAUUAAUUAUGUAUUAAGCAAUUUGAAGGGAGAUUUUAUUGCUAUUAAUAAACUUAAAAAACGAUGUAUAGAAUUUUUUGGUGCCCGUAGAAAAUCUAACAAUUCCGGCAAUAGUUCUAACGUUGUUCAUGUUGAACCUGAUGCUGAUGAAUCCGAUGGCAUCUAUACAAAAUUAAUUGAAAAUUAUCUUAAAAUCAAUAUCGAUUUUCAAAAAUUGAUUUCAGAGACGAAACUAAUUGCUGGGGAUAUAAAACAGACACCAGAAAACAUUCAGUGGGACGCAUAUGUAAGAGAUAGGAUUCCAAAGCUUAUAGCACAUAUUUUUGCCCUAUGGACUCUUCAGAAUGCAUCUAGUUAUUUUGACGUUGAGGAUGUUGUAGAUAGAAAAAACUAUCUUCUUCAACCUCACGCCGCGCAAGUAGUUUCUAUAUUUCGAAUGCUCGGAGUAGGGGAUGAAAACGAAAAAUUAAAAAAUAAUUUAGUACAAAUAGGAACUGGCGAAGGAAAAUCUAUAACAUUAGGAGUCACAGCGUCAGUACUCGCCUUACUUGGCUUCGAUGUUCGUUGUGCUUGUUAUAGCCCAUAUUUAAGCCAAAGAGAUUACAAUGGAUUUCUACCAGUAUUCGAUGCAUUAGGAGUAACUCAAUAUAUUCGUUAUGGGACAUUUAAUAAACUUUGCGAAGAUAUGAUUAAUCAAAAUGGGGAUAUCCGACAAAUAGUAGAACAAGUUAUAUCAACAAAUUCUUUUAAUACUGCGCAAAGUACUCAUCGUACUGAGCGAGCUAAAAUAUUAUUGAUUGACGAGGUUGAUGUUUUCUUCAGUCAAGAUUUUUAUGGAAAUCUUUAUACACCAUCAGCUAGUUUAAGGGAGCCUACAAUUACAUCUCUAAUCAAUUAUAUUUGGGCACAAAGAGAAUCGAAAUUAAAUCUCAGUAAGGUAACAACUACACCUGAAUAUAAAGCUUGCUGUAACAAAUUUCCAGACUGGGAACCGCUGAUUCUCGAAGCUGUUAAAGAUCUCAUAUAUGAUGUAAACAGUUUUGAAUCCCACGAUUAUAUUUGUAACAAUGAUAUGAUUGGAUAUAAAGAACAGGAUAAUAUUGUUUACAAUGUUGCCUACGGGUACAAAACUUUAUUUGCAUAUUAUUGUGAACAUGUAAAACAACAGAUAACACAAAAGAGUUUGGAAGAAAGAAUCAGUAUGAGAAUAAAGUGUGGUAGUUUUUCAUAUGCUGAGAUUCCACUUCAAUUCAAAUACAUAAUGGGUGUUACAGGAACAUUAGAAACUCUUAGCGAUCCUGAAAAACGGAUUAUAAAAAAUGUCUAUAAAAUCGAAAAAAAUACAAUUGCUCCGUCAGUGUUCGGUGCAAAUAAUCUUAUAUUCAGGAUGAGAGACGAUAUAAGGAUUGAAAACAACGAUGAUUAUUUUAAUGCAAUCAAACGGGAAAUUGAUGAUCGAUUAGUAGGAAGAUCAGUAGAAAAACGUGCUAUUUUAGUGUUUUUUGAAUCAAAACAGAAAUUGGAAAAAUUUUUUAAUUCAAGGGCAUUAGAAACAAUGAACGGAUCCCUUCAAAUUCUAACAGAAGAAGCCUCUUCAGAAGAAAAGGAAACAAAAAUAAAACGUGCCACUAGAUCUGGACAAGUAACUUUAUUCACGAGAACUUUCGGUAGAGGAACAGAUUUCAUAUGUUAUGAUCAGAAUGUUAGUGCAAAUGGUGGUGCACAUGUUAUCCAGACAUUUCUUUCCGAAGAGUGUUCAGAGGAAAAACAAAUUAAAGGCAGAACCGCGAGACAAGGUGAUAAUGGGUCUUAUAGUAUGAUUCUAUUUGAUCGAGACUUAGAAAAAUUUCAUAUUCAAAGGGAGAAUAUUGACGAUGUUGUCCAAGGUAAAGGAAUUUCAGUUCUUAAAUCAGAUAAAACUGUUUCAACAACAGUCUAUGAGACACUAUAUCAACUUCUCGAUGAUAAACGUACGGCUUUAUUCAAAACACAGUACGAAGCUAAUAUGGCUUUUGUUCAACAAGCGAAAGAAAAGCAUGAAGUCACUCGUCAGUUUUUACUAAGUCUAAAUUAUGGAGAUUUAAACUUUGCAAAAACAUUUUUAGUUAAAGAAAAUAAAGGAGCGUUUAUCAUCGCUCAACAGUCGCGAACAAUUUGCUUAAUGGACGCAACAGGUUCAAUGACCCAUCUUCUACAUAAGUGUAAAACUACAGUAGGAAUGAUGUUCGAUCGCAUUACUAUGAUUCUGAAAGAAAACAACAUUAGUGAAGAUUCAUUUCAAAUUCAAUUUGUUGUCUAUAGAAACUACAAUAGUGAAAAAGAUAAAAUCCUUCAAUCUUCUCCUUGGGAAACGAAACCGGAUAAUUUACGAGCGUUUAUGAAUGCCAUCAAUGUAGAGGGAGGAUGGGGUAAUGAGGCUGUUGAAAUCGGUCUGUGGCAUGCUAAUACUGAGAAUGAGAGAGAAAAUAUAACACAAGUUAUUUUAAUUGGUGAUGCACCGCCAAAUACCAAAACCGAAGUAGACCAGAAAAGAGAUAAUUACGGAGACGCAUAUUGGAAGAACACUAAGUUUGCAGAAGCGACUUAUUAUGAAGAUGAGUUAAAGAAGCUAAUAUCGAAACAGAUUCCAGUACAUGCGUUCUAUGUCGCCAAGCAAGCGGAAGCAAGUUUUAAAAAGAUUGCUAAGGAAACAGGUGGAAGAUGUCAUCUGUUAGACAUCAAUUCACAGGCCGGAGCGAAUAUGUUGACAGAUUUAGUAACAGAAGUUAUUCUCAAAAAUGUCGGCGGAGAAGCAAAAGGAAAUACUCUUGUUGAUGCAUACAGAAAGAAAUUUGGAAAAUCUUAUAACUGA